AUGUCCAUCAAAGCCAUCUUCUACAGCAAAUUUGAUCCAUAUGAAGGACCAAAGAUUGUUCACCAGGUACCAGAGGACUCGAUCCUAACGACCACCGAAAUCCCAGCGGGCACGACCUCCAGUCUAGGCGCCUCGUCUUCUGCGCUUCUAUCAUUUCCCACCAUAUCACGCUUCCUGAUACCUCGUCAGUCACUAUGUGGGAACCUCAUAUCCCUGUCGCCGCCUCCUCUGGCGCCCAACACACCACCAACGCUUGUCCUUUCAUACCCGAUCUGCCUGACAUCGCCGCAUUAUCCGCGAAACGAAUUCAUCUUCAACCUCGCGCUUGUGCUGGGUGAGCCCAGCACUACGGAUGUCGCGUCAUACAAGUCGGUAGUCAAGAAGCUGGCGCAUUUGCUGCGAAGCCUAGAAGAACAGUCGAGGUUCUUGAGCGAUGACACGUCUCCUACAAACUCGGGGAAGAUAUACAGUUUAUGCGAAAUGCUCAUGGAGGACCUCAACAACUAUUGCGAAUGCAUGAUACCGAUUGAUGAGCUCAACACCUUGAAUAUCAAGCUAUUCCCCACCCUGCCAAAUCCUGCCAGCGUCAAGCCUUGGUACGUGCCGCUGUUCACGGUGAGGAUCGAGACCAUGAUCGACGAAAACUGGGAUUUGACCAUGUUACGAAUCAUCCCCUACAUAAACGGGGUCAAUAGCGUCAAGAGGAUAGCGAUGCUGGCCGAUGCUGAUCUCAAGCUCACCAAGAAAUGCAUCAAGCACCUGCUCUACUAUGGCUGCGCGAUCCUCCUCGAUAUAUUCAGCUUCAACGCGAUAUACGCUCCGACCGCCGAGUUUUCCAACCUCAUAGCCAAAGAUCCUGACAUGCAGCAGGAGUGCGCCCGCUACGUCAACACUGCCCUCGCCCCGGCGGCCCAGGAAGAAGCCAUCAUAGACAGCGCCACGGACCGAAGAACCAGCGGUUUGACGUCGCUGGGGUUACAAGAUGACGAAAUCUGGCCACUCACCGAGAAAGGCGACCCGAUCGACGGCGUCGGUAUAGUCCAGCUCUUCGCCUGUCUCAGACAAGGGCUGACCGUGCGGGAAUGGUACGCACAGAACGCGAACAUGCUCGCCAACAUCGACAUGAGGCGGUUCAUUACGUUUGGCGUCAUCAAAGGGUUUCUCUACCGCGUCCACCGGUACGCCAUUAGAACGCAAAAGACACUCGGCGGUUCGCGUUCCCAUGUUCCUCAUCCCGAGCAAGGCUCGGACGACAUACCCCGAAGCAUGUCGAGUGAGCGGCCUUUGACUGAAGAAUUUUCCAGGCGGAAGGGCAAGAACGUCAGUAGGAGGCCAGAUGAUCGAGGGGUGUCUGAUCGUCACAUCAACCACCGAAUCAUUGAUUUUCUGGACGGUACACACUGCUUCGACGAGAUCUGUACAGAGCUCGAGAUUAGCGAGAGGGAGUUGAUGGAUAGAUUGAAGAGUCGGGAUAUUGGCGAGGCGGUGAUAAUAUGUAGAUGA